GCUGGGCUGGGCUGGGCUGCGCGGGGCUGGGCGGGCUGCGCUGAGCUCGCCUGCACAGAUCGCUCCGGAGAGGGGAACCGCCACUCUCCUCGGACCAAGCCUCAGGAGCCAAGCAGCCGGAUCUGCCAGUGAGCCUCAGGCUUUGAGAACCGAAGAGUGUGUCUGAAAAGCCCAUCCAGCACGCAGAUGGCCAGCAACAACACCGCCAGCAUAGCACAAGCCAGGAAGCUGGUAGAACAGCUUAAGAUGGAAGCCAACAUCGAUAGGAUAAAGGUCUCCAAGGCAGCCGCAGACUUGAUGGCCUACUGUGAAGCGCACGCUAAGGAAGAUCCCCUCUUGACCCCAGUUCCGGCUUCAGAAAAUCCGUUUAGGGAGAAGAAGUUUUUCUGUGCCAUCCUUUAAGUCUUCAAGAGGAGCCUGAAGAGCCUCAGGGCUCCUGGGACUUUGAUGUAGAGUUUUUAGCAAAGUGGGCAUCUUUCUAGUCCACGGCAUUGAAAAGGAGGGAGGAGAACCAUCCUGGAAACUCCAGGCUAUGCAUGUUUAAAAGAACUGGUCCCCUUUAUGAGAAUGAUAGCUGAUCGUAAUCCUGAGUUACGAGAUCUGAUUCUGCAGAACUACCUGGAGGAGGGGAAUAUAUCAAAAUAAAAUCGGUGUCACUUCAUUUCUGCUAUCUCCCCUCAAACCUUAUGUUUCUGCUUCAUAUUUUAAAAAGUAAUCAUUAAAACAGACAGCUGUCCUGAGCUAAGAUAUGUAUGACCUCCUUGAAUGAAUAUUGUCUUAAGAAUCCCCUUUGAUAAACUGAGUUGUCCAGCAUAGCCACAGUUUGGGUUCAUGGCAUUGAUGUUCGGUGUUUGUGCCUUCCUUUCUCUUUUUCCCCCUUCUACCCUUUCUUCUGCCCCUCCCGUUAGAGUAGUGGGGAGAUAAGGCUAGACUUGUUUGGAAGACUGAACUCCAACAAUAAACACCCAAAAUGUCUAGGGAGAGGUUCUCUAAGUAAUAACAAAAAAAAAAAAAAAAAAA